AUGAUCCUGUCUCUCGUUUCGGCGUUGCUCUUGCUCACCGUCUCCGUCCUCGCACGCGUCGAGGGCCCGUUUGCGCUCUACCUCAGAAGUUCUGACCCCAAAUGGAAUAUGCGUUAUAUUAACAUUGGCGCACGCAAUGCAUACAUGGCAGUUGCACCAACCGCCGUCUCCUCCCCGUCGCAAAUCCCCGCGGCCAACAUCAACUUUUUCCUCAAUACCACUGCUACGCUGACACCGGACGCACCGUACGGUCAACUCGUAUGGGGAGCACAGAGCUAUUACAGCAACCUCUUUGGAAGAAUCGACGUCCUUACGCCUUCGUCAUCCGCCCUUCAGCCCAUCUUCUUCGACAUGACCUAUAGCUUGCAAGGUUACUCUUCCCGCUGGAACUUUACGGCCAAUAAACAGCUCCAGCUCGACAAUGUCAAGGAUCACUUUUACGCCAAGGAGCUUCGCACGACUAUGUACAACUAUGACACUGUGUUUUGGCUCUUCGGUAGUCCCAGCCAGAGUGGUCUCGGUGCUUCAAAAGUCACGGUUUGGAGGUAUGAUCCACCAUCCGUCUAA